AGAGAAACGCGGUAAAACGAUAUUCCGGUUUGCAGAAGGAGGGCAGCAGCAUGGCAUCCGACAGCAGCACCAUGGCUAACGUGAACGGACGGGAGACCGUCUCCUUGAACGGGGAGCCGGUCGUGAAGCGGCCUCGGGAGAGCGCCUCGCAGGUGUCUCACCUCCGGGUCCCGAAGGAGCCUCAGAACAAAGUGACCGUCGUGCUCGGGGCGCAGUGGGGCGACGAGGGCAAAGGAAAAGUUGUGGACUUGCUGGCUAUGGAUGCGGAUAUUGUAUGCAGGUGUCAGGGAGGAAACAAUGCAGGUCACACUGUGGUUGUGGAUUCAGUGGAGUAUGAUUUCCACCUGCUGCCCAGCGGAGUGCUCAACAAGAAGGCUGUCUCCUUCAUUGGAAAUGGUGUGGUGAUUCACCUGCCUGGUCUGUUUGAGGAGGCUGAGAAGAACCUGCAGAAAGGCAAAGGACUACAAGGCUGGGAGGAGAGAUUAAAGAUUUCUGAUCGUGCCCACAUUGUGUUUAACUUCCACCAGGCUGUCGAUGGCAUACAGGAGCAGCAGCGGCAGCAACAAGAAGGGAAAAAUUUGGGAACCACCAAGAAGGGUAUCGGUCCUGCCUACUCCUCUAAAGCUGCUCGCAACGGUCUGCGCGUCUGUGACCUCGUCUCAGACUUCAAGGUGUUUGAGGAGAAGUUUCGAAUGUUAGCGGAGCAUUUCCUGACGAUGUAUUCAAACCUGAAUGUUGACACUGACAGUGAGCUGGAGCAGCUGAAGGGCUUCGCAGAGAGGAUGCGUCCUCUGGUGACUGACGGGGUGUACUUCAUGCACAAAGCUCUUACUGGACCCAGUAAGAAAAUCCUGGUGGAGGGAGCCAAUGCUGCUCUGCUGGACAUUGACUUUGGGACAUAUCCUUUCGUCACAUCCUCCAACUGCACCGUGGGAGGUGUGUGCACCGGUCUUGGCGUGCCUCCAUCACACGUCGGCCGAGUAUACGGUGUCGUUAAAGCAUACACCACCAGGGUGGGUGUGGGUGCUUUCCCAACAGAGCAGGACAACGAGACUGGGGAUUUGUUACAGACCAGGGGGAGAGAGUUUGGCGUGACGACAGGCAGGAGGAGGCGCUGUGGUUGGCUCGAUCUGAUUCUGGUCAGAUACGCCCACAUGGUCAACGGCUUCUCUGCAAUCGCCCUGACGAAGCUGGACAUUUUGGACACUCUGUCUGAGAUUAAAGUGGGCGUGUCCUACAAGGUUGAUGGAAAACCUCUGCCAAGCUUCCCUGCAAACAUGGAUGUGUUGACGCGGGUGUCAGUGGAAUACGAGACGUUGCCCGGCUGGUGCUGCAGCACAGAGGACGCCCGGAGCUUCGAGGAUCUGCCGUCACAGGCACAGAGUUACAUUCGCUUCAUUGAGAACUUCCUGCAGGUGCCAGUGAAGUGGGUCGGAGUCGGCAAGUCCAGAGAGAGCAUGAUCAAACUGUUCUGAUCUGGCUACGGACCUGUGUUCAUCCUCAACCACGGCUCAUAAUAUAAUUUCAGGUUUUUAUAGGGUUACUGGAGGAAUUUAAAAUGCAAUUUCCUGAUGGAAAUUCUUCACCAGCAAGGCUACUUGUGAAACAUUGAGUUGCUGCUUGUGCUCCACAUUUACAGGAAUUCUCCUUAGGUUCAAAUAAUGCAUUCCACAUAAUGUUUUCUAUAUUUAUAAGGAUGUUAAUUUUAAAAACCCAGAUGAUCAAUCCUUCUUUAUUCCAUUCCACAGUGAAGCAGUUUAUUAUUUUAGCAUUAGAGGCUAAUUCACCUUCAUUAAUAUCUGUUCACUAUUUUAGUGUUUUCUGUGUGUGCGUAUUUGAAGAGCCGUUGAUGAACAGAUUUAGAAGCCUUUAUAUGAACAGGUGUCACGAUAAAGAAAACAAAUAUUUUCUGGCUACAAUAAGAGAUGGAGGGGGGGAGGUUGGAAGCCACCAUAUAAUCAUUCUGAACUUUUCUAUUGAACGGUUUUAAACAACAUCUCAUUAGUUAGGUGUGUAACUGUAUUUUCAUGACGAGUUUUGGAAUAAACAUAGUGCUUUUAAAAUCAUCCACAAGAUAGACAAGUCCACACUGAGAAACUGAGUUGAAUAAAUGUUCUCUUAAUAACUUAAAAAAAAAAAAAAAAAAAGACGUGUAUGAAUUCUGUUCAUGAAGAGACAUUGUCUGAUAUUUGGCAGGUUUGUGUAAAUGUAAAGAAAUGGCCACAAGGCAAAGUACCUCUCAACAUCUUUCUUACACCCAUUUUCAUUCAUCUUGUCAAAAUGUCUCUUACUCAGCUUGCUGUUACCAAUAAAAGGAAACUGUAACUUUAA